AUGGACAAAGGUGCUGGAAGAAUUGCAGCACAUCAACUCCCCUGGGUGAGAGGAUGUGUUGGGGGUGGUGGUGGUGGUGGUGGUGGUGGUGGUGGUGGUGGGGGCACAGGCACAGGCAUAGGCACCUGCACUGAAUUGCAGCCCUAUAAAUAUGCUGGCUAUCCACAACUGAUCAAAACAAUUCAGCUGGAAAGUGCAGAUGAACAUUUAUUCUCAAAGUCUGCACCACUGCUUGCAAGUGCUGGUGAACUGGCCUAUCAUACAGUCCAUUGCUCAGCUCUCAAUGCAGAGGAGCUGCGCCGGGAAAGAGGUCUUGAAGUCUUAUUAGAUGCCUAUAGUCGCUGUGUCUCUGUUCUGAGUGCUGCUUCAAAACCUAUUGAUGUAGCUGUACAAGUCUGUAUCCACGUUACACGCUGCUUUGCUGUUGCCGCACAGUUCCAGGGAUGCAGAGACAAAAUGGUUGAAAUGACACAGCUCAUAAAAGACCUAUGUCAUGUACUCUACUUCAAGCACCUCACACGACUUUGUGCUGUGGCAACGGACUGUGUGAGCUCCUUGGCCACUGAUAGUAUUCUCCAGAUGCAACUCUUGAAGGCAGGGGUUCUUUGGCACUUACUUCUUUUUAUGUUCAAUUAUGACUACACAUUGGAGGAAGGUGGUGUUGAAAGAACAGAGGAUGCAAAUCAGCAGGAGGUUGCAAACAAAUUAGCCAAGUUGGCAGUUACUGCUUGUGCUCGUUUGGGUGGAUAUUUACCAGGAGAUAAUAGCACCCCAAAGAAUUCAGUGAUCCAGAAAGCCUUAAGCAGUCUGUUGACACCAUACCUCGCAAGACAACUCAGCUGUGAUAAGCCAGCAGAGGUUCUGAAGAUAUUAAACAGUAAUUGUGAGUCACCAUACUUGUUAUGGGAUAAUGGAACAAGAGCUGAGUUGUGUGAAUAUCUUGAAAAACAGAGAUCAAAUAAACUCCAUUAUGAUGAUGAUGACGAUCCCACAUAUGGUACAGAAUUCACAUACUCAGCGCUGAAAAAAGAGCUCAUUGUUGGUGAAAUUUUUGUUCGUAUUUACAAUGAACAACCAACAUUUGCAAUUGAGAAUCCUAAAGGUUUUACAAUUGAUUUAUUGGAAUUUCUGGCUACUCAGUCAGAGCAUCUCACAUCCUUAGGAAGUAUUGCACUCACAGUGAAAGACAAACAAGUUGUAAACAACGUUGUUAUGGCUCUGGAAGCUCUUUAUAAUGUAAUUAAAAAUAAUCCAGGUGUAGAAAUUCAAUGUAUUGGUCACUUCCGACUACUAUUUGGUCUGCUUAAUGUUGAUAGCUGCAAACCUGUACAGAAGUGGAGUCUGAAUGUUGUAUCAAAUGUUACAAGAAAUCAAGAAUGUGUUAAUGAUAUAGCUGCUUCUGAGGUGGUUGUAUAUCUGCUGCUUGCUCUGAACGGCCUGCCAGAUGACCAAGCACUGGUGCUUGAUACAUUACAUGCUCUUGUUUCAACAACUAAAAUAGUAAAGGAUGCUUUGAACAAAGGUGCAGUAAUUUACCUUUUGGAUCUUUUCUGCAACUCCAACAAUCCUGUUGUGAGGGAAAAGUCAGCUGAAUUAUUGGCCCGUAUGGGGGCAGAUAAGCUUGUUGGACCUAAAGUAAGACUUGAUGUGGGACAUUUUCUACCAGCAGCGUUUGCUGAUGCAAUGAGAGAUUCACCACAGUCUUGCGUCCAUGUAUUUGAAGGUGUACAUGAGAAUCCCGAACUGAUAUGGGAUACAGAUGCCCGUCAAUCUGUUUGUAGGGUUGUCUCAAACAUGAAAGAAGAGCAUUACUUGGCACAGCGUCAAAAUCCAACUACUGUGUGGAAGGUACCCGAAGAAAACACAUUACUGAAUAUCACAAAUUCAAAUGAAUUGAGAGUGGGAGGAGUGUACUUAAGACUUUUUGUAGCCAAUCCAGGCUGGGUUCUACGUAGGCCAAAGGAGUUCCUUGCUGAAUUAAUGGAUACAUGUAUAUCUCUCAUGAGCAAGGAAAAGCCUGAU